AUGCCUAAGAUAAAGAAAGUCAAGAAGAAUGCCCCUCCACCAGCGGGAUAUUCUAAACUUGAGCCGACCUUAACCAAAUACCAAGCUAAAUUAAAACAAGCCCAAAAAGUAGAUACAACCACCAACAAACAUGCAUCGCUAUGGAAAAUAUAUCAAAUAGACCAUCAAAUAUCGCGAUACGUGUAUGAUAUGUAUGUGAAUAAACGUAUCUCUCGGGAGCUAUAUGAUUGGCUUCUUUUGCAGAGCUAUGUGAAUAAAGACCUUAUUGCCAAAUGGAAGAAGCCUGGGUAUGAGAAGUUAUGUUGUGUUUCUUGCAUUAUGGAAAAGAAUCAUGGUGGAACCUGUAUUUGUCGUGUUCCUAAGGUGAAAUUACUUGAAAAUGACAAUGAAGAUAAAGUGAAAACUGAAUGCAUUACUUGUGGCUGUAAAGGUUGCGCAUCAACUGAUUAG